CUGUAUUGUGUUCACUCUCCCUCCCAUGUUUUGCUGUUUUAAGCUCAAGUGACCCAUUAAGAUAACACACUUCGACAGGACCUUUGCAUACCUCACGGACAUGUCGACCCCUCGGGACACGACGGAUGGCGAGAUUAAUUGGAGAAAAUGGCAGGAGAGUCCACACGGCUCGUAUAUCAUAGCGGAGUAAUUGAGUCGUGCACCUCUGGUAAUACGCCCCAAUUGGCGCAAAUUACCUGCCGGUUUUCCUGUGGUGACACGUCUACGGUCUUUCCCAAAAGGACCGGGCGCAAACCAAACUAGAACACACAUUCAUCACAGAGAAUGAGAUACGACUCACUAGAAGUGUAUUGAAAGAGUUCGGACGAAGUUUGGUUUCCUUUCUUCACUAAUGCCCUCUGAUACGACACUGAUAAGAGAGUUAGCGCAUUGUCUUCUGGGAUUAAGAAACUGACACUAUCGGCGAGUCCGGAACCGGGCCAACUCUGCGGGGGGUAAGGGGGUAGCAGGCUGGCCUGAAGUUCUGGGAGAAAAAUUCUGGAGGCGUUGCGAUAGGGGCCAGUCCGUCCAACUGACACGAGACUUUCCCAGUUUGUUUGCAUUCUUCAGAUAAAUGAUGAAAGCUCAGAUCGUCGCCGGGCCAGACUAAAAGUUGGUUGGCGAGAACUGGAACUGGUUCUGAAUCCUAAAGACUCGUGUCGGAGCUUUGUGCCAUCAUUCACUUGCGUUCACACUUCACAGUCGACUGCCGAGACUGAAAAGAAGGAAAAGCGGCGUCCGUCCUGCUCCACAGCGCGCGGUCGGGCGCACUGCGGUGUCUCCCCGCUGACGUUUGCCAUGGAUCUCCCUGCCGUACGAACGGCGCUGCUGCUGGCCUUCUACGUGUGCGUCAGCACCCAAGUACAAGGCCAAUUGAAAUGCCCCGAUGGCUAUCGCCACUUCCGCCGCCACUGCUACAUGUUCUCCGACUUCCCAGUCAACAAUAUGAAGGCAGAGGCCAUCUGUGCUCGAGACGGGGGCAAGCUAGCUGUCGUGUCGGGCCCGGUGUACCAGUUCCUCGCCCAGGAGACCAGCAGGUUCCGCACGCCGCACUGGGUCGGGGUUCCCCGGCGGAAAGUCAAGGCCAAGCCCGGGUACAACGUGUGGCCAAAGACGCCCAACGACAGUCCUGGGAACGAGAACAGACACUUACGUCACUCCCUGAAGAGCGGACGGAGGAAAGUACGAGACUGUAUCCUGAUGUAUCAGUACUUCGACUCCUACACAUGGCGGCCGUUCGCAUGCUCCACAAAGGCUGGGUAUAUAUGUCAACUAGACCCGACAGCCCUCUCGGAAGGCCCGAAGGUACCGAUCGGGACCGAGCCUCUGCCGCAGGGCGUCUUCAGCUGGUGUCAACAGGAGGAGAACCGGAACUCCCUCAGCUGUGUCUUAGAGCGAGACUAUCCCGACCGUCUGAAGGAAUACACCUCCAGUUUUUCUGCCUUUCUCCCCGCCACCGAACAAGACGUGAACAUCGUGUAUUACAACAAAGAAGACGAGUUGCGGCCAGUACCCCCCUUGCCCGCACAACCGGGCACGGCCGGCCAGGUUCCUCUUGAAGGCAGGGUGACACAUAUUAAUCCGUGCCAAGAGGUGGAAAAAUUCACCACGUACGUCAAGGCUGAGAAUCGCGAGGGGAAAGUGGUGGAACUCAUGCAGGGCGUGACGCGAGACGGGACAGCUCGGUACCAGAAGUUUCACGAGGUGACGUGCCGGCAGAGCGAGCCCGUGUUCGGCGGGUGUAGCGGCACCUGCACCGAGGGAGAAAAGCUGCAUCGUGCGAUGGUACUUUUGGAUGGUUCUCCGCCAAAACCUAUCUGGGACUGGAUCAAAGUAAAGUCCAGUUGUAGCUGUCGUGUGCAAAAUUUUAUCCUGCCCUCUUCGUGAUGAUGUCUAUUGUAUUGCUACUCGUGGUGUUCGUGCCAUGGAUACCAAAGUUAGACAAUUUCAUUCAUUCGUCAUUGCUGCCAGUGUUGAUUUGAUCAUGAAGCCUACAGUGUGACUAAGACUCAGCUACCCGGGUAAUGUGGGAACAACCACCAAAACGCGGAGUACAAAUCCCCCAACAUCCUACAUAACAGGAAGGCAUGUGAUCUUUGCUCUACAAGUGCAGGUGUAAAAUCAACUUAGACAGAACAGCAGACAAGUAAUACUCAUUUGAAAGUGUGAACAACAUUGCUCUGUACAAUAAGGGCUAACAUGUUUGUAUAUUGUCUAUGGUGUGGUGUUACUGGAUAUUUCAGUAUCUAUAUACGAAUACAGAACAUUUUCUAUGGUUAAAGUUUUAGUUGUUACCUACUCAUAUAGAUGACACGGCACGAGUUUUAAGCGUUGCCUGCAUGCUUUCCUGUAGAAACAAUUUAUCCCAGGGCAACUGAUCGUGAUGUAGUAAACGGGAAUCUUAACAUCAAUAAUUAGAAUAACUAUACUUAUGAGAAAAAAAUGUAAUAUAUCAGGAUUGUUUAGUGACACACCAAUUGUAGGCAUGAAAAUAACAUUUAUUCAGACUUGAAAUCAUCAUGACUUCCGUAUACACCAUGAUUAUGGUGAGACGCCUGUUUGCGCCUUGUUGUAUUGUUGAGAUUAUUAUAAGUUAUACAUGCAUAACUACCUUCUUCCAGUGUUCACUGAUUCAGAUAGUUGGGCGCGCCCACAUUUUUCGUAGGUCCUCGUACGAUUUUGAUGUCGUAGGACUUCCAAGCAGACUGUGAUAGAACAAACCGGCGACAAGGAUCCAGAAACAGCCUUUUUAGUACCAAAAUCAAGACAGCUAACUUUUGUACGAAACCUGUACAACGCGAUCGUGCGACUAUUGUACAAUAAGUGUGAGCUGACCCUUAUAAGCAGGAAAGGGUAUACACAUGUACGUAUAGGAGGAUGGCAUUUUGAAUUUCUGUAUAUACCACGGGAGGGGGGCAGAUGCAGAGAUGCAGUCAUAGAUUGUAGUUAUUCAUUAACAUAGACUGUUGACUGAGUCGUAGAAAUGUUUCGUUUGUUAUACUAUUGUAAGCAGAACAUAUAUUUAGAUGGCGAAUAUGUUUCUGGUCCUCUGCACAAUUAAUCAAGCCUUAUACAACGCACGUGCAUUAACCUUCUCUCCUAGCAGAUAUUUGGCUCCAGCUGUUUUUUAACGCGUCUUAAGACUUUUUUGUCGGUCUUUCUAUGUUUGGCUGGCGGACUAAAUAAAUUAAGCGGGACAAAGUAGAAAGCCCGACAAAAUGCCUAAAACAGGUUAAAAAAACAGCCGAAGCCAAACCUCUGCUUGGAGAAAACCAUUAACCAGUACAAGAGACCUAGUGACUAUUGUUUGUGUGCCAACUGAACAGUGGCGUCGGUAACGCCCACCUCCACUGUGUAAUAGACAAAUAAAAUCAUCUGCAAACAUCUA